AUGGCCACUCUCGGCGGAGUCCACGAAUCCCAUGCCUCCCAGAACAGCCUCGAAACCGAAACGAUCGAGGCAAUCGAUGCCGGAAAGAAGAAGCUUUACGAAGCCAAAGUCUGGGUGAAGCCAUGGAUGGGUUUUAAGGAAGUGCAGGAGUUCAAGCACGCCGGUGACUGUAAUGAAACGCCGUCGUUUACCCCUUCCGAACUUGGUGUUAAGGAAGGUGGGCAUGGUCCCGGGUGGCAAUCUGUGCCGCCACACGAUCCUCAGGUUCAGGAUGCUGCAAAUCAUGCUGUUAAGAGCCUCCAGCAAAGGUCUAAUUCUCUGUUUCCUUAUGAGCUUCAAGAAGUUGUUCACGCUAAGGCUGAGGUGAUAGAAGAACAUGCCAAGUUUAACAUGCUUCUGAAGUUGAAGAGGGGAGACAAAGAAGAGAAGUUUAAAGUUGAAGUGCAUAAGAACAAUGAAGGCGCCUUCAAACUGAACCAGAUGGAGGCAGAUCACUCCUAGUUAAGAUAUAGCAAGUUUGUAGCAAAGCAAAUGUUCUGGAACUAACUGAGUGUACAAUUGCUUUGGUUGCUGUUUGUAUAACUUUUUAUGACCUGAUGCCAACACUUUGGUGUGUGGUUGUGUUUUCGAACUGUAUGUGUAUGUAUAAUAAUGCUAUUGCUACUUAUCUUUUCUUUCAA